AUGGGUAUCACAAAGACACCCCCACCCGCCCACGACGAUCCUUCCGAGCCAACCUCACCCAAGUUGCCUGACAAGUUGACCAAGUCUUCAGUCACAACCCGGACUUGGAAGACCAAGAAAUCUGAAGCAGAUGAUCUGCCAUACCACCCCCCGAGCAGGAAAGGGAAAAGACGUGCUGUUGAUGAGAACCUACCAACAGAGUCAAAGUCAAACCCAACCGAUUCCACCGAGGCUGUGGACGUGAGCCCGCCUCCAAAGAAGAGGGCGAAGACUCGAGCCAAGAAGGUUAAGGCUGAUGGCGGUACUGAGAAGAACGCAAAGGCUCAAGCCAAAAAGGCUCCAUCUGAUGGCGGCGUCGAGAAACGCAAAAAACCAUGGUUGGACGAGCCUCCGCUUGACCACAAGGUGAAGCUCGUGAGGCUCGCCAGUAAGGUUUCACGAUUGUUUUUCGCCGGGUAUCAAGUAGCUGGUACUCCAGAGAACCCACAGAUAUCUUUUGAUGUCAUAGGCUCGACGGGGAACCUCUACAAGACAACCAUCAAGGAAGUGCCCUUCUGCGACUGCCCGGACUCGAGGUAUCGCCGGACCAUGUGCAAACACAUUAUAUAUGUGUUAGUGCGUGCUUUGAAAGUUCCUACCGAGUUACAAUACCAACAAGCCUUUCUCCCAUCGGAGCUCCGUUCCAUGCUCGAAAAUGCUUCCCACAGCCUCCGAAUUGACGUCCCGACGGGAAUAACCGCAGAAGAGAACAACGGCACUCGCAAGCCCAUCGAGGGCGACUGCCCAGUCUGUUUCAUGGAGAUGACCGCCGAUGAGAAGAUCGUCUGGUGUAUGGCGACAUGCGGGAAUAACAUCCAUGGCGAAUGCCUGAGGCGGUGGGCGGCUGUUUCUUGUGAUAGUGGUCUGCGCUGUGUUUACUGUCGUUCUCCCUGGAAGAACGAGAAAGAUCCCGCCACUGGCCUUGAUCUCGAGGACCUCCGCUCACAGAAGAAAGGACUUGGUUCUAACAGAUAUGUUAGCCUUGCCGAGGAGUAUGGCAUUGUCCCUAGCCCGAAGAAAGAGGCCGGUGGUGGUGCUGGAGGUGGAAAGAAGGUUCCUGGAUCUUCUCAGUAG